AUGAAAAAUUUUGAAAAAACACAAACGAAUGAAUUGGGUCAAAUCGUUGGUGCAGCUGUCACUGAUAAUACACCAGUAAUCUAUAAGCAAGCAGAUUUAACUGGAGAGAAUGUACGUUUGAUUUCAGUAUCAAAUGAAAUAUUGACGGAAGAACUCGUCACCAAACUCUAUCAAACUGUUCAAUCGGAGCCAAACACUGGAUGUUGGACCUACCUACCUUAUACACCACCUACCAGUCAAGAGGAUUUGAACAAUCGUUUGAACAAUCGUUUUGGUUUCACUUUUUCCGAGCCUUCAUAUCUCUACAUCAUCGAAAACAAAGGAGAGUACUUGGGAUGGCUAGCAUUGAUCAAUCAGAGAUCGAAAGAACGUUCGAUCGAAGUUGGCAACGUUUACUUCUCACACAAACUAAGACAGACCAAGACAGCCACCGAAACACUCUAUCUCAUUUUAAAGAGCUGUUUCGAUCAAAAGUUUAGAAGAGUCGAAUGGAAGUGCGAUGGUUUGAAUCUUGCAUCGAGACGUGCUGCCGAACGUUUCGGUUUCGUUUUCGAAGGAGAAUUCAGACAAGACAGAAUGACCAAAGGUAGAAAUAGAAACACUCAAUGGCUUUCCAUUUUAGAUGAAGAAUGGACAAACGCUGAAAAAGCAUAUAUUUCUUGGUUAAGAGUAGAUAAUUUUGAUGAAAAUGGAAAUCAAAAACAAAAAUUAUCAGAUUUAAUGUAUUCUUCAAGAGAUGAUUAA